UGAUCCAAGCUUUGAAUUGGCGUCUGAGGAGAUGGACGGCUUAUUAUUUUCCAAUUUCAGGGCCAUAUCGACUGAGGGUUUCCGUCUCCAUAGGGAGAGAGAGAGAGAUUAGGGCAGAGUUAGGGAGAAUUGGGGUUCUCUCGCUUUAGUUGCAGAGACGCGAAAAUCUCAAGAGAUGAGAAGAAGGUGAAGAUGUCGAAGAAGGUGAUCUUGAAAAGCUCAGAUGGAGAGGCUUUUGAGGUCGAUGAGAGCGUUGCAGUGGAAUCACAGGCCAUUAAUCAUAUGAUGGAAGAUGGAUGUGCGGGCCAUGGCAUCCCUCUUCCCAAUUUAAGGACCAUAUUUGCAAUUCAACCGUCUUUGCUCAUCACGAAGAACACAGUGGGGUUCUUUAUGACUCCAAGUAGCUUUACUUAUCUGUUACGAGAUGAGAGUUUGUGGGGUCGAAUAGUGAAAUGGGCUGAUGUAAAGGGUAUCGAUGUUACUUUACUCUGUUCCUUUUCCCCUCCAUCUCGCAUAGGCUGUACACUUGCACAAUCAAUGCAUUGGCUAUUGUUGGCCUCUCUGAAACCACAAAUUAUCAGUCCAAACAACAAACAGUUGCCUAUUAUGUUUUAUAUUGUUUUGUUCAAAAUUUGGAAAAGGGCUUCAAAUCAGCAGGGGCCCAAUUCUGAUUUGCCAGGACAGCCUUAUGAGCAAGCUGUAGAAUAUGUUCUUCUAUGCUUUUUAACCGUGAUGAAGAUUGAAUGCAAGUACCAUGUUGACGCCCAACAAGUUGCAGAGGAUAAUAGUCAGGCUGAGGAGAUUAAGAACUGGGAUGUUGCAUUUGUAAGGGUUGAUCAGGCCGCCUUGUUUGUUCUCGUUCUGGUUCAUUGCUCAACUCUAGAUAUGCUCAAUGGAUGCUGUGACAGUAUACACUUAAAGAGAUCCAUGUUAGUUUCAAGAGCCGGAUUUUGUCCACGGAAUGGAGAUUAGGAUCGUGUCUGCUUGUCGUUGUGUAUUGAUCAGAAUAACCAAGGGUACAAUCAAUCUUCGUUGCUCUUCACAAAGUACACAGUGGGAUGUUUUAUGACUCAAGUAGCCUUACUUAUUCAAGUCAUUAAGAUUUGUGUUAUGUAUCCUUUGCUAGGAUACAGAAUGCAUAGUUUAUAACUAUUAUGUUUUUUUAUCA